GCUAUUCUGGAAAGCCAGUGGAGGGAAGGGUAGGACACUAAACAAGGAUGGACCACGAGGGGAAAGGUUGAAGAGAGAAAGUCCGAUCCGGCGACUAACAUUAAGAACGUCGAAGGAGGGAAACACGAGGAGAAGGUUGGAGUAGGUGUACCAAAGGUAGGAAAGAGAGCGCGAUGGUUCGUUCCGUGGCUGGUUAGAGGGGAGCGGAGGGGGGCAAUCGGUGCGAAGGAGAGAGAGGCUCAGGCACGUUAGACAGAGUUGGUGCUAGAGCAAAUCAAGUGUCGGAGGAGAGGGGGCGGCAGAGAAGGCGCUUCGAAGGUAGGGGGAGAGAGCAGUGCCUUGGCGCGAGCCCGAGGACUCGAAACUCCGGAAUUCCAACCGCCAGAACAGUGCCGGCGGUCGUACGACGCGGGUCUGGAGAGUGUGUGAACAGGAUAGAGUGAGAGAGAAACGGACAGUGGUGGCAGAGAGGGGCGAGGUGGAAAAGAGGGGAGAGGGACACGAGGUUGAGGACGAUCGCUAGGCUAUUUACAAUCGCAGUUCGAAGGAUAAACCGCUCUCGUCUUGUGCCCGCGCUUCGUGGUUAACAGUUCUGCGUUCUUCGAGGUGCCGGGCUACAUUCGAUAUCGCGCGAAAUCCUCGAUUCUCGAUAACAAGAGUCCAGGAGUCGAACGGGUGGACAAUUCUGCUCCAAUCCAUUAGUGACGGAAUGGACACGAGACCAGUGAGCAAAGUGAGAAGUGAUCGAUCGCGAUACGACCGAUGAUUCGAACACGAAGAGUCCCGAUUGCCGUUGGACCGCGUGAAAUCGCUCGUGGGGCCAGUCGAACGGAGAUUCGGGUGGGAGUGACGGGGAAAUCGAGGGAUCGAGCCAACAUGUAAAUCGCACGCGACGCGAAAAUCUUUGUUUACUUUUUCUUUUAUUUUUAUUUCGUUCCCUUUGUUUACCUUCGCACGGAUCAAACUUUCCCGCGAGUUCGUCAAGUUUGUCGAGAAUUCGCGAGUUUUUCGGACACAACGUCGGGUGGACGCGUAUUCUGCUGAAGCGGAAGAGCAGCUCGGAGCAGCCAUCGUGCAUCGAACCGUUGUUGUUGUCGUCGUCGUCGGCACAUCGUCGAGGCGAAGACGACGAUGCCGCACGCGGUGAUAGGCUCGACGUCGCACCAGGUGGAGCGCUCGAGGUUAAUCUGGACUUUGCCUGGCGUACGUGCGAUCAUAUGAUAAAUGUAGAACACGUUUUACCCCGUCUUUUUUUCUUUUUUCCGUUCUUUCCUUUUUUCGUUCGUGCCCCCCUCGUCCCGCAACGUCCUCGUUUAACAAAGUUAAAAUUACGCGCUACGACGGCUCACGUGACUCCAGUUUUCGCGCGUCUCUCGAGGCAUCGUGUCCAUGUGCCGUACGCGAGGAAUCCCGCAUCGGCGGUCGUCGACGGCUGAAAGGAGGGAGGCGCGAGACGUCGCGACUUGACGCGCGUGUUUACCCGGCACCAGUUCCCAAAACCGUUCGCUACGUUCUGUGUCAGUGAUACGGUAGAAAACUAACGUCGCCGAUAAACCGAGGACAGACUGUUAUCGGGGGGACACUUGGUGCGCGCGCGAGAGCGCGUGUACGCGCGCUUAUGUGUGCAGCGGCGAUUUCGGUUGUGCGAGGUGCGUCGUUCGUCUCCGUCCCUCGUAUUACGGACAAGUGCCGUGCUCGGGUUUAGAGAGACGAGGAAGGAGUCGACGUCUAUGCGAGACACAGCGUGGGAGCAACGACCGAGAGAGACAAUAUGAGUGAAAUGACGAGUGUCGAGCAGCAGCAACAACAGCAACAGUACGUGGGCAGCAGUUCGAAUCCGGAGCAUCAUUGCAAGGACUGCGGCCUCUACUUCGAGAGCGACAAAAGUCUCGAGGUGCACCUGCGAUACCACCAGGAGAACCUGCUAAGUCAGUGGGCGAGCCAGGCCCAGCAGGAGGAGAGUAACAACAACAACAGCAAGGCAGGCAAUCACAACAGUCACGUGGGCGUUAAACGCGAAAGCGUGACCGCGCCGGCGGACUCGAGCGAACCAUCCUCGAGGCCGCCCUCUCAAGACCCUACGUCCUCUCAGCAGCAGCAACAGCAGCAGCCGCAACAGCAACAGCCUGCCGGUCAAAGUUACAAUCACUUCCAAACGCCGAUGUUCGGCGAGGCCAACUAUUUUAUGCAGAACGAACCGGCCUAUAUCCUGCCCCAUCAUUACUCACCGCCGGGAGACGACGCGCAGAACAAUGGCGGCAGUAGUGGUGGCGGUGGAGGUUAUUCGCGAUACCAUCCGUACCAGCAUCAACAGCAUUUUCCACCGGAACGUACCAGCUCGGUUAGUUCCACCAGUCCAAGAAGCCCGCCGAUUCAAUGCGAAAAAUGCGGCGCGGUGUACGAGGACGCGAAUCAGCUGGGCGAACACGUGAGAACGAGUCACUCGAAUUCUCCCGGAGGGUAUCCCGGACAACAUCAAUAUCAGCAACUGGGCAACAGUCCUCAGCAGCAGAAUCAACAGCAGCAACAAUUGCACGCGUCUCCGCCUCAGUCUAACCAGCAGCAGCAGCAACAGCAACAACAACAACAACAGCAGCAGCAAUCUGGUUACGACUAUAACAGCGGGCAGACGGUGAAAGUGGAGGUGAAGCAGGAACCGGAGGAACAGGCCGAGAUUCUCGAUCUGGACUCUCACAAGGUUCAAACUCACAGGUACGAGGAAGAACUGAUGAGGCUUCACCAGCAGCAGCAACAAGAGUUGCAGAUGCAGCUACACCAGCAGCAGGUGCUGCAACAACAGCAGCAUCAGCAGCAGCAACGGGCAGGAUCGCAUUCGGUGAGUUCUAUGCUCGGUUGGCCGCCAACCGCUCAGCCGCACGAUUAUCAUCCCGGUUUAUCGCCGAUGGGGCCCAUGGACAGUGUUUCGCCGCUCCCAGAUCAGGGUCAAUUCAUGCGCGGGCAGCACAUGCCCGUCGAACCGCCGCGACAUCCAGGUUCGCCUAUCAUUACGAGCACGCAACCGAUACCUGGCCACCAGAUGCCCGGUGGUCUUCUCCAGCAACCGCCUAAGCCUCCGCCGAUAGCCAAUCAAUCGUGGAAAAGUAACGAGGCGCGACGACCAAAGACCUACAACUGCACCGCGUGCAACAAGUGGUUCACCAGCUCGGGCCAUCUGAAAAGGCACUACAAUACCACGUUGCACAAGAACGCGGUUAAGCAGAGCAAUCAACCGGAUCCGGCCAACAUGCCUAUCAGCGCUCAUCAUCAUCCUGGUAGAGAUAACCAUUCCGGUGGCAGAAGCGGGGGAUCGUCGAGAUCGCCAGAAUUAUCUUCUUCCGGGAGUCCCCCAAACUUGAUGGCAGGUCCUUCGGGCGAGGCGGCGAGGGGCCUGCUGCACACGCCCACCACCACCAGUCUUUACAACAACAACAAUUCCAACAACAGCAACAGCAGCAGCAGCAGCGAGUCUUCGGCGGCGGCGGCGGCGGCUCUAACGCAGCAGCAGCAGCAGCAGCAACAACAGCAGCAGCCUUCGGCGGUCCACUUGGGCUCCACAAUGGUACCGCCGCUCAAUUCGCCGGCGCAAUCCCCAAUGGCGGGCCACCAUCAGCACCAAAUGGGUUCCCCGUCACCCCAGCUGGGCCACCAUCAGCAGCAGCAACAGCAGCAGCAGCAACUUCACCACCUGCCAAUGGGUUCGCCGUCGGGCCAACUUCCGGUCCACCAUCCCAUGAGUUCGCCCAUAUCGCCCAUGCACCCGCCGCCGGCGCCCCACCUGAAUUCCCCUUCGCCAAUGGGCUCGUCCCACCCGCACCACAUGAGUUCGUCGUCUCCCAUAACGCCGGGCUCGGUCCACCCAGCAAUGGCUUCGCCCACGGCGAUGGGGGGUACUACGAUGCCUCAUCAGCCGUACCCAAACGCCUUGCCCCCCCACGUUACAACUACUACCAACAUCCCGGGCCUGCUGGAGUCUAUCACCAUCCAGCUAACUACUACUGGUAAUGAGAUGCCGAUGACGCUUAACGGGCAGUCUCAACAUCGGCAGCAAACUCAACACCAGCAGCAGCAGCAGGAGCAACAGCAGCAACGCCAGCAGCAGCAGCAGCAACAGUCUCAGGAUGUUUUACCCGGUUUUGGGACCUUCAGUAACCACCAGAGGACCCUGCCAAGUUUCACGCAAUUCAACGUGACCGGGUUCUUAAUUGGCCAGAAUCAACCUCAGGCCGUUAACGUGGGGGGGCUAAGUCCAGAGGAGAACGCGUCUCCUCAAGAUAGAUCGUUCGACUCGACUGGAUCUACCUACGAUCCGUACAGAAAUUCGCCGCCUCGAUACGAAUCGCUGUCCAACAUGGAGGCGGACAUGCUGCCGAACACCGACGGCAUGAUCAUCAAGCAGUACGAGAUCCAGACGCACCAUCAUCUGCCGCAUCCGCUUCAGCACGCGCGCAACAACAACCACGAGGCGAACAACAAUCUUCCGCAGAUGAUACAGGCGAAGGAGGAACUGAAUCCUAAUAUCGGCAGACAAUACGCCAAGGAUCAGAAAACGAAAACGAACGCCGUGAUCACGAAGGAGCAUCAGGUGACCAGCACGAACACCGGCUCCCACUACAUCUCUCAGGACGGCUUUCACAAGUGCAUCGAGUGCGACAAGGUUUUCAACAAGGCCUGCUACUUGACGCAACACAACAAGAGCUUCCACUCCGGCGACAAGCCGUUCAAAUGCAAUCAGUGCGGCAAGAGGUUCCCCCUCGAGUACCUGCACGCGGAGCACCUGCAGAAGCACGCAGGCGACAAGCCGUACAAGUGCGAGAUAUGUCCGAAGCAGUUCAACCACAAAACCGACCUCAGGCGGCACAUGUGCCUCCACACUGGCGAAAAGCCGUACGCCUGUGAUAAUUGCGGCAAGGGAUUCAUCAGGAAGGACCACAUGAUGAAGCACCUCGAGACGCACAAAAAGAAAUCCAACAACCACAACGUUCAUCUAAGGGCGUGAUUUCAGAUGUACGAGCACCGAGGAACGCGUGAUCGACCACGGCGCCCUCGUGAUUCGUUCGUUUGGAAAGGUGAGAGAGCGUUAAAUCGUGCGCGACAAUCGCAAUCGAACUUCGCGUUUUUUCGUCGAUCAGAGACACUGGGACUCUCGAGUGCACAACCGUUCGAUCGUGAUCAAAUUUGUAUUUAUUAUAUAGUUCUCGGUUUAAGGCAGCCUCCGAGUAUCUCUGUCAUCCAAGUUCCCUCUCCCCCAUCUUCCAUCCCCCUGGUUCGAACAAAGAAUCGCUCCUUUGAAUUCCGUUUGUACAAAACGAAAAAAAAGAAAAAGAAAAAAGAUUAACGGGGAAAGUAUCGCGUUCGUUUCCUUCGAAGCAAUCGUCGAAUCAAUCGUCUUCAGGGGCAGAGUGUCGAGCUCGGAUGAAUAUUGGUUUUUUGCUCAACGGUGUAAUAUUUAUUUGACAUAGAAUCGAGAUAUAUCGAACACGUGUCCCGACGGACGGAUUCGAUGUCCGCAUAGAACCGUGAUUUUUAGCCGCGAAUUUGUUCUGGUCGCGAUACGCGGAGUCGAUCUGUUGAACCAUCGACGCGAGAACCGUUUACGUUCUCGUGUCGGUGUGCUCGACUCGAUGGAUCGCGACCAUCCACGGUUUUUUUCUUUUUCCAUAGAGUUGUGGUCGAACGUUAAGAAACUCUGAAUAAACGCGCAAUUUGGAGCAAAUUCCUAAUGCGGCGUCGAACCUUCGAAGCUUAUCGAUUGUACAAAAUAUGUUAAAUGUAUAGGCGUAUGAUUAUUCUAAUUAUCGUCGCUGUAAUUAUCGAACUCAAUUGAAUAUCGUCUAGAAAGUGAUUACGGAACCUAUUCAUAAUACUCGUAUUUUAUAGCGUAUAUAGCAUACUUUAUCGAGGGAGUAAGCGAGAGGAGAGGACACGGUUGAUAUAGAUAAUCGCGAGAAGACGCGAGAAAUUUCAAUUUGCGACAAUUGCUUUCACAGCGACGGCCGCGUUUCGCUAUACAAUUAACCCGUUCUUUCCUUAACUAUUUCAUUUCGCAGAACUAAAUUCUUCUUCUUCAGUUUUUUCAGAUAGUAAGAUUUAAUUCGAGUUCUUACAUUCCUUGCACUUUGAUACAUUCCGAUUUCGAAGCAGCGACCGUCGCGGAGAUGAAAUUCUCGCAACGCUGUCUUUUCCGUAUCUUUUGUUUUCUAAAUCAUAAGAUAGCCUAAGUUCCGAGUCGCGCGUCGCUUGAAUCGAAACUGGCUCGUAGUCGCGACGCUUCACAUAUCGACGAUCAGGACUUCUCGAAAUCCCGAGAAUCUCGGACGCUCCUCGAUGGAUCGUUCGUUUCGAUGGUGUGUCGCCGCGAACGCGUCGCGAUUGAUUCGUGGCGUAAUUCGUUGGAGCGAUCAAUAAUCACUCGAGAGGGGUCCUGUUAGCCACGGUGCAUGUAAUUGCAUCAAUUAAUGCUCGAUUAAUUGCCCGCGGAGCGCGAAACGAGCCGAUCAACGAGGAUACGAUCGAGACUCUCCUAUCUCGCGACACGAGCGAAUUUCGCUUCGAGCUACGCACAGCUCGUCGCGCACACAACACGUACACACGUAUACCACAUUGAAACAUACCCAUACUUGUACACAGUAUAAACGUUGACCUCGCCGUGACAAAAUGUAUGCUGGGUUCAAGCGUAAUUAUUUCCGUUGAUCAUCGUUCGAUCGGUCGGUGUUAGGCUUCUUAAACGGUUGCAACUAUCGCGACACGUUGAGCAUUUAUUUUUUCGAAUAACUUCCGUUCGGUUUGUUAUUGUUGCCAGAAACGAGUCGUUUGCUUGUUUGUAAUUAGUUUGACAAAAGACGUGAUUGUUUUUCUAUUAAUGUUCUUUAACCGUGAAAGUAGACACGCCGAGGGUCUAACGGACGAGCGUGAAUUAUGUUUGAAUUACGCGUUGCCCGAUAUAGGAUGAUUACCUUAAACCUCUUCGAGCCUGAAUUCUUCUUUUUUUCUUUGGUUAAAAGGAACAGACGCGUCCCUCGUGUUAUUUCAAUGUCGAUUAACGUAGCUGAAUUUAUUGACAAUGUACAAUAGGACUCGCUGAAAUAUUCCUAGGGUUAAAGUUAAGGUUCGUUUAAACGUAAAUUAGCAUAUGCAGAUUGUGAACGAAAACUGUGUACGUAUAAAGCAUGACGUGUUUCAGAACAAGAAUAUUAAUUUGCACGGUCUUCGUCGGACCGUUUCUCUCAUGGUCGUGUUUCUCGAUGCCAAGCUUCGAUAGAGAUCAAUUGUAAAUGUGUGUCAUUUAUUAUUUUGUUAAAUGUAUUAUUUCGUAUUACGAAAUAACGCGAAUGUUCAUGUACAUUGUAGAGUAGAACAAGUCCGAAGAGGUUAAAUAAUUUUGAAUAAAUUAAAUGCUACAUUGAAGAGUGUAGAUGAAAUUUAUAUUUUACUGAAAAGAAUGUUUAUUAUUCGUUACCAUAAGUGACUUGGAUUUUGACUGGCCCUCGCGCGUCUACUUAUGUUACAAAUAUAUUCACGGCCGUCGGGCAGCGAAUGAUUCGAUAGUUGGAGCAUUGCGGAGCCGGGUCAUUUUUAACCCAUUGUAGAAUUCUUUAUCAAUAGUUCCAAGAAUAAAUUUUCCAUUCAGAUUUCUAUUCUCGCACCUUAAACUAUAUUUUUCAAUCAUUUUUUAUUAAAUAUAAUAGUAUUACUAUUUAAUAAUUGAGAUUAAAAGGAAGUAUUGUUACACAAUCUUUCUUUAAAUCAUCGAUACUAUUAAAUCGUUUGCUAUAUACGCAGAUAUUAUUAAAAUAUUUUUGUUUCAUUUUCUUUAGUUUUGGAUCAACUAUACACGUAUUGUACCCAAUACAUUAUUUAUAGUAGCACAUUACGAAUCAACAGUAGAAAAUAAUUUAAAAAACGUUUAAUUAAUAUCUGGGUUAAAUUAAACAACACAGAGGACAAGGAUUAGAUGCACGUCGCUCAACUGCAUUUACUCCAAUUCCGUCAAUGAUACGACACUGUACGUACUCCGAUUUCGAAACGAGAUAGUGUCUAGGUAAAAAAUGAUCCAGCUCCGCCAGUCGUUAAUAAUUCGUCCCGUCCCACAGGUUAUUUUAUUGGGCACAAACCCUUUUAACUACACCGCUCGAAAUGAUUGGAGAAUAUUAAUAUUUCACACGCAAUAUUUCAUCGUUCCACUCUGCACUUCCAUUUUCUCCAAUCUUGAAAUUUUGGUUGAUUCCCCAGUUGUUUCGAGCUGGACAAUCAAUUGUACAUAUAUAUUUAAAAAAAUAAAAAAUGUCGAACGCAAUUCCCGUUGUACUCGCGCAAUGGGAAUAAGUCACUCUCACGUACACGUACACGUACACGAACGUAUAUACACACGUAAACGUCUGCACGUAUGACGUCCUUUCACGAGUUUUCCUUUUUCUUUUAUUUUAGUCGUUUCGUAUAAGUGUGACAGAGAAAUAAAUACGCGCUAGCGAGAGGAGAAGGAAAAAAAAGACGAUAAAUUAUAUAGCACUCUUGCCAUUUUUACUACGUAAUAUGACACCCAGAACAGACUACCUCAGAGUUCAGGAAUUUAACGAUGAAUGAAAGGAAGAAAGAAAAGAUGAAAGAGCCAAUGCAAUAAUAAAUAAUGUUAUUAAAGAGAGAGAAAAAAAAAUGAAGCGUAGCGGAACGCGCAACCGUGCGGGCGGAACGAUUUACUUGCAUUUAUUAUUUUUAUUCGUAAGAUGUGUAGGAAACUCAAAAUUGAACAGCGAUGCUUAAUUACUUUGUAAAGAUUACAUAUCAAUGGUUUUCCAAUUGGCCACGUAAAUCUUGACGUAAAUUACUCGACAGAGAUGGGCAGAUUGUUUUUCUAACUUAAUCUUUAGCUUGCUUCAAUUUAUUCCGCGGAGAUUUUUGUAUUCACACGAAACCAUAUUCAUCAUGUUCGUUCUUGCAAUCAUUAUCAAGUAUCCCUGACGUAUGUCCCUCGUUCCUCACUCAAAAGUUUGCCCAUCUCUGACACUCCAAGUCCUCGUAGAGAUCUUUUCACCGCAAUUUCGCCACCAAGUUCCUCGAGUCGCCCGCCAGUCGUAACGAGCGUGUAAUAGAACAUUAUACAUAUAGUAUCUAAUAUAAACGAAGAAUAAAAAAAAAAAGAAGUGUCGAGCGAGAAGUUGAGACGAUAAAAUAGGGGAGGGCUCUAGAGAUGGAUGUACGUUUUAGAGACAUAUCAAACAGUAUUACUGUACACUCAGUUUUUAUUAUUAGAUAAUCGUAAAGUUAACGAAGGAAGGGAAAAUGGUAAGGGAAAAGGAAAGUAGCGAGAAGAAAAUAAAACGGUGCCAUGUCUCACCGUGAACGAAACGCGAGAGAGAACGAUCGAGAAUUACAACAUAUUUCCGAUAAUCAUAUCAUUGAGUCAGAUUCAUUCGUCUUGCGAAUGCGUUUGGGCGUUAAAAAUUAGGCGACGAGGUGUGAAAAUGUGAAUUAACGAGCGUCGGAGAAAAUUGUGAGACAAAAAAGUGAAUCGACGCGUUUCGUCGUUCUUCGAUCACGCGACGAGUAGAGUAAGAGAGAGUUGGAUGAAGUAUGGGAAAGAAAAUGAUAGAAUUAAUCGCGUUACGAAAUCAAUCUACUUGGGCAUUUAUUCGCGAAACACCACGACGAGUGAUUUCGCGCGCGCGAGAGAGAGAGAGAGAUAGAGCGACGAGCGAAGCGGGGCGAGAAAAUCAGUUUUCCGUAUUUUUCCUUUCUCGUGGAUUUGUUUCUAGACGAACGGAACUCCGUUGCACUUGUUUCUCGUAUUAUUAAUACUAUUAUUGUAUUGCGAAUAUUAUUAUUAUAAUUAUUACUAUUAUGAGAAGAGAAAGGGGACGCGCGCGCAUCGUUGGUAUUUUUCACUCGUUCCGUGAGCGCGUUUUUUUUGGUGCGAGAGCAUAUUUGUAAUUGUAAAAUAAUUGUUCCAGCACGUAAGUGCAAAAUUAUUACAUAUAUAUAUUAUAUAUAUACAUAUGUGUAUAUAUAUACACACGGUACCAAACUGUCGUUGGUUGUGCCAAAAACAAGAAAAGAAAAAAAGAUGAAGGAAGAAGACAAGAUGUAAUAGAACCUUGUGUGCUUCCCCUCACGUGUGAUUCUAAUUUCGCGGGCAUUUCACAGAGAGAGAGAGAAGAGAGAUCUAUGAACAGAUUAUAAAUAAUAAUUCUUGAGCGCCAGUGUGAGAGAGAUUAUGUGCGCGAAUGGGUUUGAGAGAGAGAUUUUCGAAUGACACAGGGACGAGAAUAAAAGACAGGUAACGAAAGAAAGGGAAAGUCGAUGGAAUUCUUAUCCGGUAACAAGUAUUUCCGUGCACGCCCAUUCCUCGUUUUGUGCCAUAAUAAUGUGGGUCGACGAACACUUGUAAGCGAACACUUGUACGCGUGCGUGCGUGCGUGUUUACUAGAGUGAGAGGCUGUCUGCGUGAGAGAGUCGAUUAUACAUAGUAUAUAUAUAUAUAUUAUACGUAUACAAAUAUACAGUAACGUGCGACGGAAAGAGCGAAAAGGCGAGAAGAAAAUCGAGAAUGGAGUUUUUAUUCGUGCGACGAUGCUUGUUCGAAUGAAAAUGCGGCGCGAAAGCGAAAAUAACACGAACAUGUGUAACAUUUAGUGCGACGACACGCGGUUUCUGUUCCUCCUUUUUGUUUUUUUUGUAUAUGUACAUGUUUUUCUUUCUCGUAUUUUGCGACACACAGCUGACGUAUAACGUAAGACGAUAUGAGAGAGAGAGAGAGAUAGAGAGAGAGAAGGUUAAGAAAUGAAAAAAGAGAACCUAUGAAGACGAAGAUAAAGUAUAAUAUUUACGAUCUGUAUUAUUUUAUACGCGUUUAAUUUUGUUUUUAUAAAUAUAUUUUAUUUCUCAAACACA